UCAUGCUGGAGGAAUUCUGCAACUCUACGUUUUGGAACUCUUCAUUCUUGGAUAGCUCAGAAGCGGACCUGCCACUUUGUUUUGAGCAAACUGUUCUGGUGUGGAUUCCCUUGGGUUUCCUUUGGCUCCUGGCCCCUUGGCAGCUUCUUCAUGUGUAUAGGACCAAGAUCAAGAGAUCUUCUAUAACCAAACUCUACCUUGCUAAGCAGGUGCUUGUUGGGUUUCUUCUUAUUCUAGCAGCCAUAGAGCUGGUCCUUGUACUCACAGAAGACUCUGGAGAAGCCACAGUCCCCGCCAUUAGAUACACCAAUCCAAGCCUUUACCUGGGCACAUGGCUCCUGGUUUUGCUGAUCCAAUACAGCAGGCGAUGGUGUGUACAGAAGGAUUCUUGGUUCCUGUCUCUAUUCUGGAUUCUCUCAAUACUCUGUGGUAGUUUCCAAUUUCAGACUCUGAUCCGGACACUCUUAAAGGACAGCAAUUCUAACUUGGCUUACUCCUGCCUGUUCUUCAUCGGCUAUGCACUACAGAUCCUGGUCCUGAUCCUAUCAGCAUUUUCAGAAAAAGAUGCCUCCUCAAAUAAUCCAUCAUUCACGGCCUCAUUUCUGAGUAGCAUUACGUUUAGUUGGUAUGACAGCAUUGUUAUGAAAGGCUACAAGCAACCUCUGACACUGGAAGAUGUGUGGGAUGUUGAUGAACAGAUUACAACCAAGGCACUGGUCAGCAAGUUUGAAAAAUAUAUGGUAGAAGAGCUGCAGAAGGCCAGAAAGACCCUCCAGAAACAGCAACAGAGGAACACCCAGGGGAAGUCUGGAGAAAGGCUGCAUGACUUGAACAAGAAUCAGAGUCAAAGCCAAGAUAUCCUUGUUCUGGAAGAAGUUAAAAAGAAAAAAAAGAAGUCUGGGACCACAGAAAAGUUUCCCAAGUCCUGGUUGGUCAAGAGUCUCUUCAAAACUUUCUAUGUCAUACUCUUGAAAUCAUUCCUACUGAAGCUGGUGUUUGACCUUCUCACGUUCCUGAAUCCUCAGCUGCUGAAGUUGCUGAUCUCCUUUGCAAAUGACCCAGACAUGUAUGUGUGGACUGGGUAUUUCUAUUCGGUCCUCUUCUUUGUUGUGGCUCUCAUCCAGUCUCUCUGCCUUCAGAGCUACUUUCAAAUGUGCUUCAUGUUGGGUGUAAACGUACGGACAACCAUCAUGGCUUCCAUAUACAAGAAGGCGCUGACCCUUUCCAACCAGGCCAGGAAGCAGUACACCAUUGGAGAAACAGUGAACCUGAUGUCUGUGGAUGCUCAGAAGCUCAUGGAUGUGACCAACUUCAUUCAUCUGCUGUGGUCAAAUGUUCUCCAGAUUGCUUUAUCUAUCUACUUCCUGUGGGCAGAGCUGGGACCCUCCAUCUUAGCAGGUGUUGGGGUGAUGAUACUCCUAAUUCCAGUUAAUGGGCUACUUGCCUCUAAGAGUAGAGCUAUUCAGGUAAAAAAUAUGAAGAAUAAAGACAAACGUUUAAAGAUCAUGAAUGAAAUUCUCAGUGGGAUCAAGAUCCUGAAAUAUUUUGCCUGGGAACCUUCAUUCAAAAACCAAGUCCACGAACUUCGGAAGAAAGAGCUCAAGAACCUGCUGACCUUCGGGCAGAUGCAGUCUGUAAUGGUGUUUCUCUUAUACUUAACUCCGGUCUUGGUGUCUGUGAUCACGUUUUCAGUUUACACUCUGGUGGACAGCAAUAAUGUUUUGGAUGCAGAGAAGGCAUUCACCUCCAUCACCCUCUUCAAUAUCCUGCGCUUUCCCCUAAGCAUGCUCCCCAUGGUAAUCUCCUCACUGCUCCAGGCCAGCGUUUCCAGAGAACGCCUGGAAAAGUACUUGGGAGGGGAUGACUUAGACACAUCCGCCAUUCGACGUGACAGCAGUUCUGACAAAGCUGUGCAGUUCUCAGAGGCCUCCUUCACCUGGGACCGGGACUCGGAAGCCACAAUCCGAGAUGUGAACCUGGACAUUAUGCCAGGCCAAUUGGUGGCUGUGGUGGGCACUGUAGGCUCUGGGAAGUCUUCCUUGAUGUCAGCCAUGCUGGGAGAAAUGGAAGAUGUCCAUGGGCACAUCACCAUCAAGGGCACCAUAGCCUACGUCCCACAGCAAUCCUGGAUUCAGAAUGGCACCAUAAAGGACAACAUCCUUUUUGGAUCCGAGUUGGAUGAAAAGAGAUACCAGCAGGUGCUAGAAGCCUGUGCCCUCCUACCAGACUUGGAAGUGCUGCCGGGAGGAGACCUGGCUGAGAUUGGAGAGAAGGGUAUAAAUCUUAGUGGGGGUCAGAAGCAGCGGAUUAGCCUGGCCAGAGCUACCUAUCAGAAUUCAGACAUCUAUGUUCUGGAUGACCCCCUGUCAGCUGUGGAUGCUCAUGUGGGAAGACAUAUUUUCAAUAAGGUCUUGGGUCCCAAUGGCCUAUUGAAAGGCAAGACUCGACUCUUGGUUACACAUAGCAUUCACUUUCUUCCCCAAGUGGAUGAGAUUGUGGUUCUGGGGAAUGGCACCAUCUUGGAGAAGGGAUCCUACAACACUCUGCUGGCCAAGAAAGGAUUGUUUGCUAAGAUUCUGAAGACAUUCACAAAACAGACGGGUCCUGAAGGAGAGGCCACAGUCAAUGAGGACAGUGAAGAAGAUGAUGACUGUGGGCUGAUGCCCAGUGUGGAGGAAAUCCCUGAGGAAGUGGCCUCCUUGACCAUGAAAAGAGAGAACAGCCUUCAUCGAACACUUAGUCGCAGUUCCAGGUCCAGGAGCAGACAUCAGAAAUCCCUAAGAAACUCUUUGAAAACCCGGAAUGUGAACACUCUGAAGGAGGAGGAGGAACCAGUGAAAGGACAAAAACUAAUUAAGAAGGAAUUCAUACAAACUGGAAAGGUGAAGUUCUCCAUCUACCUGAAGUACCUACGAGCAAUAGGAUGGUAUUUGAUAUUCCUCAUCAUUUUUGCCUAUGUGAUCAAUUCUGUGGCUUAUAUUGGAUCCAACCUCUGGCUCAGUGCUUGGACCAAUGACUCUAAAGCCUUUAAUGGCACUAACUAUCCAGCCUCUCAGAGGGACAUGAGAAUUGGCGUCUAUGGAGUUCUGGGAUUAGCUCAAGGUGUGUUUGUGCUCAUGGCAAAUCUCUUGAGUGCCCAUGGUUCCACCCAUGCAUCAAACAUCCUUCACAGGCAACUGCUAAACAACAUCCUUCAAGCACCCAUGAGUUUUUUUGACACAACACCCACAGGUCGGAUUGUGAACAGGUUUGCUGGUGAUAUUUCCACAGUGGAUGACACCCUCCCCCAAUCCUUGCGCAGCUGGAUAUUGUGUUUCCUGGGAAUAAUCAGCACUCUUGUCAUGAUCUGCACGGCCACUCCAGUGUUCAUCAUCGUCAUCAUUCCUCUUAGCAUUAUUUAUGUGUCUAUUCAGAUAUUUUAUGUGGCUACUUCCCGCCAGCUGAAACGUCUAGACUCUGUCACCAGAUCCCCAAUUUACUCUCACUUCAGUGAGACAGUGUCAGGUUUGUCCGUCAUCCGUGCCUUUGAGCAUCAGCAGAGAUUUCUGAAACACAAUGAAGUGGGGAUUGACACCAACCAGAAAUGUGUCUUUUCCUGGAUUGUCUCCAACAGAUGGCUUGCAGUUCGUCUGGAGCUGAUUGGGAACUUGAUUGUCUUCUUUUCAUCCCUGAUGAUGGUUAUUUAUAAAGCUACCCUAAGUGGAGACACUGUGGGCUUUGUUCUGUCCAAUGCACUUAAUAUCACACAGACCCUGAACUGGCUAGUGAGGAUGACGUCAGAAAUAGAGACCAACAUUGUGGCUGUUGAAAGAAUAAAUGAAUACAUAAAAGUGGAAAAUGAGGCACCCUGGGUGACUGAUAAGAGACCUCCCCCAGGUUGGCCCAGCAAAGGGGAGAUUCGGUUUAACAACUACCAAGUGCGGUACCGGCCUGAACUGGAUCUUGUACUGAGAGGGAUCACUUGUGAUAUUAGGAGCAUGGAGAAGAUUGGUGUGGUGGGCAGAACAGGAGCUGGGAAGUCAUCCUUGACAAAUGGCCUCUUCAGAAUCCUAGAGGCUGCAGGUGGUCAGAUCAUCAUUGAUGGGGUAGAUAUUGCUUCCAUUGGGCUCCAUGACCUCCGAGAAAAAUUGACCAUCAUCCCCCAGGAUCCCAUCCUGUUCUCUGGAAGCCUGAGGAUGAAUCUAGACCCUUUUAACCACUACUCAGAUGAGGAGAUUUGGAAGGCCUUGGAGCUGGCUCACCUCAAAACAUUUGUGGCUGGCCUGCAACUGGGGUUGUCCCACGAAGUGGCAGAGGCUGGUGACAACCUUAGCAUAGGGCAGAGGCAGCUACUGUGCCUGGCCAGGGCUCUGCUUCGGAAAUCCAAGAUUCUGAUCAUGGAUGAGGCCACUGCUGCGGUGGACCUAGAGACCGAUCACCUCAUCCAGAUGACCAUCCAAAAGGAGUUCUCCCACUGCACGACUAUCACCAUUGCUCACAGGCUACACACCAUCAUGGACAGUGACAAGUGAGUGUGGGGGACAGCUUGACAGAUGGGACCAAGCCCUUGAACAACAGUAAUAACACUGGCCGUAGGAUAUCUACAGCUAAAGGUUGAACCACCUUCAUUUUACUGAUGAGGAAACCGAGAAUUCAAGUAAUUUGUCCAAAAUUAAACAUGAAGUUAAUGAAAGCCAACUCAGUUAAGGGAACUGGACUUGAGGGUAAAAUGGGCAAUUGUGUGUUUACUUAUUAACUGAGUUUGGGGAGGUGGCGGCCCGAGCUAUGAGAGGCUGAUAUUAACCAGAGAUCUUCUCAACUACUCAACAGCUCAACAGCUGUUCUCAACAGCUGUUCCCAAGCAAGAAGCUUUCUGACUUCUGACUAGAAGCUUUCUACUUCUUCCAACUCUGACAUAUUACAUUAAAAAUGGGGGUAACACCAGUAAUCUUGGAAGCUGUUUGGAGAGAAUAGGCUCCCUUAAACAAUAUAUAUUUGUAAAAAAAAACUUCUGUAAAUGGACU